AUGAGCUGUCAGCCGCGCUCCAAGGCCGCAGAGGCCGCCAAUGCCGCGUCUCAAGCGAAGACCGCUGCCCAGCUGCGGAUGGAGGUUAAGCUGCUGGAGAACGCCAUCGACGAUCGCAAGCUCCUCUUCCUGGAUCUGUGCGAGAAGUGCGGUGCGUCGGUGGCCGCGGGAAGCUCAGCUGAUUGGGUAACGCCACCUGAAGAUCCUGAAGCAGAGGAACGUCGACUCACAAACCGAAACGCAUUCCUGCGCGAUGAACUUCAGGCUUUAGACGCCCUGGAGCGGCAGUACACCAGUGAUCCGCGGGUACGCGACAAGCGCAACGAGGUACGACUGGUGCAGAUGCAGAUUGCACAGGUAGAGCAAGAGGUGAGUACGCUGCAGGAGGUGAAGAGGCGGCGCGACAAGGGGCUGCGCGCGAUUGGGCGCACUGAGGAACAAGCUCGACGAAUGCGCGGACAGCAGCACGAGAUGAAUUCGGAGAUGCGGGAGGAGGUACGGAAGCUGACGGAGUCGCUUCGGGAACUAGAAAAGAUGGACAUGGAGAUGCAUGCGCGGUGCGCGAGGCUUCAAGAUCAGGUGAAGCUCUCCGUUACAGACGCCGAUGUCGAGAGACUACAACAAGAGAUGCAGCGGCAGAACAUAGAGAUUGGAAAACUUACCGCCAGGGAGGACAUGUGGCGGAAGCAACGUGCAUCGGUGCGUGAGGAGGACCACCGCAUAGUUGCGAAGUACCACCAGGAAUGCGCGAGGCUAGCCGAAGAGGCAGAGCGCCUCCAGGCGCUUCUGUCUCAGAAGGAUUUGGAGCUGAAGCGGAGUUAUGACCUGGUAAGACGCUUUGGUGGCGUGCCCGGUGCUAGGAUGAGUGGCGUCAGCGGCGGAGGUGAUGAUGAGGAGUUGGGGGACUCGCUGCCCGUCUCUUAG